AUGGCUUCAGCCAAAGACAACGACGCAACCCUCACAUACUGCCGGAAAUGGGUUUCGCAACAGAGGAUACGUCAGAGAAGGUGGACCAGCAAGUCAUGGGCGAGGGCGCAGGCCAUCGCUGAGAUGGUGUAUAAGCGCUACAUCUUGGAGGGCCUGCUGAGACAGAAGCCGAUCCCGCCGAGCAAGGACGGCAGGCAUAUUCCCCUGAAACCAGGCUUGGCCAGAAGGAAGCCUCUCGUCGAUGAACGGACCGGCCGCGCUUACGUGCCGAAUUUCAUCCGAUCCAGCAGGUAUACGCUCUGGGAUUUUCUACCAAAGCAGCUAUUUUUUCAGUUCAGCAAGCUAGCCAACUUUUAUUUCUUGGUUAUCGGUAUCCUGCAGAUGAUACCAGGUCUGAGUACCACUGGCACUUAUACGACCAUUGGCCCCCUGAUCGCGUUUGUGGCGCUUAGCAUGGCAAAGGAGGGCUACGAUGACUACCGUCGGUACAGGCUCGACAAGCUGGAGAACAGGAGUUCCGCAUGGGUGCUGGAUCCGGAAGCAACGGUGAAAAAUCAGCCAAGGAGGGAGCGGGCUAAGUCUCACGGCUUGUUUGGGAAGGAAAAGCAGGCGGUCGGGGGCGAUCCGCAGCUAGCCGACCUUGAAGCAGUGCGCAGUGGACUAGGGGAGCCAGCACGGUGGGCGAGGGUUGAGUGGCAGGAUGUCAGAGUUGGCGACAUCAUUCAGCUGCAGCGAGACGAGAACGUUCCGGCCGAUAUCGUUCUGCUCCACGCCACUGGUCCCAAUAAUAUCGCGUACAUUGAGACGAUGGCGUUGGAUGGCGAGACGAAUUUAAAAAGCAAACAGGCUUGCCCUUUGUUAGCCAAACAUUGCUCGACGAUAGCAGGUAUCGAGGCGUGCGAUGCCGAGAUUGUUUCCGAAGACCCAAAUAUCGAUCUCUACAACUUCGAGGGCCGAGUCACCGUACGCGGCAAGACCAUGCCUUUAACGCUGAAUGAGGUGGUCUACCGCGGCUCCACGCUACGGAACACGGCCGAAGCCAUCGGCCUGGUCAUCAACAGCGGAGAGGAAUGCAAGAUACGAAUGAAUGCCAACAAGAACGUACGCGCCAAGGCCCCCGAGAUGCAAUACGCCGUCAACCGCAUAGUAAUUCUCCUUGUCUUCUUCGUGAUUGCACUUAGCGUUGGUUGCACUGGUGGUUAUAUCAUAUGGCGUGGUGAUUAUGAGUCCCGCGCGUGGUACCUCAAUCGUGGGAGCGUCUCGUUAGGCCACAUCUUUAUUGCUUUUGUCAUUGCCUAUAAUACCCUCAUUCCCCUUUCGCUCUAUGUCAGCCUUGAAAUUGUCAAGCUCGGGCAGCUCUACCUACUCAAUGACCUCGAAAUGUACGACCCCGUUACCGACACGCCCAUGGUUGCAAAUACUUCGACGAUCCUGGAGAAUCUCGGCCAAGUCGGUUAUGUCUUUUCUGACAAGACGGGCACUCUGACCGAGAACAUAAUGAAGUUCCGGAGGAUGAGCGUUGCCGGGACCGCAUGGCUCCAUGAUAUGGAUCUGCAGAAUGAAAUGGGAAAGAGGGCGACGCAUGGAAACCAGAAGCGACAGAUGGAGAAGGGCUUCUGGAGCUCUCCUUCGAAGGUCUCGAAGCGUCUUGCUGACCCUGAGGUGAUGGAGGAACCCCUAGUUGAAGGAUAUCGUUCAGGGAUCGCAUAUCCAGCGGUCACGAGUCCUGCUCCUCGAUGGAACUCGCCCGCCCAUCUCACUCACAACCAGCUAGAGCUCAAGACGGAUGAUCUUCUUCGCUACAUUAGCAGUCGGCCUGACUCGCCUUUCUCCCGCAAGGUUCGACAAUUUAUCCUCUGCUUAGCGCUUUGUCAUACAUGCCUUCCUGAGACAAAAGAGGGUGGUGAAAUCAGUUUUCAGGCGGCUUCACCCGAUGAGCUUGCUCUGGUCGAGGCUGCCAAGGACUUGGGUUUCUUACUUGUCGAUCGAGCAGCUCAGUCUAUGACUCUGCAGAUACGCACUGCAACUGGGACCACGACCACCGAGACCUACGAGAUCCUGGAUGUCAUCGAGUUCAGCAGCAAGCGCAAGCGCAUGUCCAUCAUUAUCCGUAUGCCAGAUAGGAAAUUGUGUAUCUUCACAAAGGGUGCUGACAGCGUCAUUCUGCCUCGCCUGAGGCAGAAAGAGAUUGCUAUGCAAACCGUGUCGGCUGUCGAGCGGAGGGCAAGCAUGCGCCGGAGUGCCGAACAGGAGAAGGCUCUCCUUCGGCGAAGUCUUCAAAGCCCGACGCGGGACAGUAUGAACCUGAUGCGCUCGCCUUCCACGCUCGAUCGGAGGAAUAGCUGGCGGAGGUCAUCCACGAUCCCCAGCGCAGUAGAAACCUGGCUAUCUCGCCGGGAGACGGGCGGGUUCGAAGACGAAUCGACAGGCGACGGCGCUUAUUCAGGGCCACGUCGGUCCUUUGGAGCAACUCGCUCCCUAGAACUCGCACGCCUUGCCGACCCCCUAGACAGCCUGGUGGACGAAGCAUUGAUCCUGAACGAAGCUGCUGUUUUUGAACGCUGCUUCGAGCAGGUCGACAAUUUUGCCACCGAAGGCCUCCGCACACUCAUCUUCGCCUACCGCUUUCUAGACGAGCAAGACUACCAAAAUUGGAAAGCCAUUUACCACGAAGCCACCACAAGCUUGGUUAAGCGACAGGAGCGCAUCGAAGAAGCUGCAGAGCUCAUCGAACGCGAUUUUGACCUUGCAGGCGCAACAGCCAUUGAGGACAAGCUGCAGCAAGGGGUGCCAGAGACCAUUGACAAGCUCCGUCGUGCCAACAUCAAGGUAUGGAUGCUUACAGGAGAUAAGCGCGAAACAGCCAUCAAUAUUGCGCACUCGGCAAGGAUCUGCAAGCCCUUUUCCGAAGUCUACAUUCUAGACGUGACCCAGGGCGACCUGCAGGAGCGUCUCUUCUCGACGCUCACAGAGGUCGGACGCGGCAUGGUCCCUCACUCAGUUGCCGUCAUCGACGGGCACACUCUUUCAGUGGUAGAAGAUAACGAAGCUCUCAGACAGCUCUUCUUUGACCUGGCUGCGAGAGUUGACUCAGUUAUCUGCUGCCGCGCGUCCCCGUCGCAAAAGGCCAACCUCGUGAGGUGCAUCCGGCGGCAGGCACCAAAGGCCGUCACGCUCGCCAUCGGCGACGGUGCGAACGACAUCGCCAUGAUCCAGGCAUCGCACGUCGGCAUCGGCAUCUCGGGCAGAGAAGGCCUCCAGGCCGCCCGCAUAUCCGACUACUCGAUCGCGCAGUUCCGGUUCCUCCAGCGCUUGCUCUUCGUCCACGGUCGGUGGAACUACAUCCGCAGCGGGAAAUACAUCCUGGGCACCUUCUGGAAAGAGGUUGUCUUUUACCUCAUCCAGGCCCACUACCAGCGCUACAACGGGUAUACAGGCACGUCCAUCUUUGAGUCGGCCAGCUUGACCGUCUUCAACAGCAUCUUCACCUCGCUGCCCGUGAUUAUCCCGGGCAUCUUUGAGCGGGACCUCUCGGCCGCGACGCUCAUGGCCGUGCCGGAACUGUACACGUUCGGCCAGCGCAACAAGGGCUUCAACUUUGUCCAGUACCUCGGCUGGAUGGCCGUGGCCGUGGCCGAGUCGGCCAUCAUCUACUACUCGGUCCACUACAUCUACGCCACUGCCUCUCAUUUCCCCGUCGAGACGGACCUGUUUGCUGUCGGCCAGCUGGCCUACUCGUGCGCCGUCGUCCUCAUCAACCUCAAGCUCAUGUUCCUCGAGGUCCGUGAUCGCACCAUCAUCAUGCUUGGCGCCAUGGCCGUCUCGCUGGCUGCCUGGUUCCUGUGGAACGUCGUGCUCUCGGCCGUCUACUCGCGCAGUCCCGGUCCCUAUGUCGUCCGCGACGCCUUCCUCUACGGCUUUGGGCGCGAGGGCAUGUGGUGGCUGCUGGGGGUCACGGCCGUGCGGAAGAGUCUGUGGCCGACGGACACAGACCUGAUGCAGGAGAUGGAGAGUAUGAAGGGGGUUAUGGAGGUAUUGAGGGACCAUGCGGUUGCUAGCGGUGGGGAGACAGGUGGUGGUGGAGCGGUUGGAGAGUGUGGUGGCGUUGGUAACGGCGAUGCCGCGUCCGUCAAGACUGCUACGACCAUGUCGGCGUCCGCCGCGACGGCAGCUUCGCCCACCCAGUGGGAGGGAUGCCAUCCUCACCGACAUCAUCAUCAUCAUCAUCAUCAUCAAUACCGCCCGUCCUAUCAUGGCCAUGGGAAUGGGCAUGGGCAGAGCGCUGGCGGUGUCAGUAGUAACGGGCCCGGACGCCUGACUGGAGAGUUUGUGAGGCCACAGUUCACGCCGCCUCCGGAAGAGCGGGAGAAUCCGAUGGAGAGAAUCGAGACGGGGAUUGGAAGUGAGAAGGAAGAGAGGGACAGGCGGUGAGUUGGAAGUGUGUCGUUUGUCUACGUACAUCUGUCGAGUCCAGGACUCGAUGGGACAUGGCGUGUUGUCUUCUUGACUUGAGUGGAAGAGCUUUAGCAUGACAUUUCAUGUAUUAGUACGCCAAUCUUCUUGAUACCCGCGGUUUGCUUUCCUUUCCUGGUAUUGGGAGCAAGGAAAAUCGGUUGGGUGGAUGGUUCGGGAAGCACAGCGUUGGCGUUUGGUAUAACUUGAAGGUAGCAUUAGCAUAUGGUGUUUUGAAUUUGGAUUUUGAACCUUUUUUUUUUUUUUUUU